UUGCCGUUUGUGACGUUAUGACGUAAUCACACAGUCCAGAGUCACAUGAAACAUUUCACAGCAAAUAUCUUCAUUUACCGCUUUCUGUCUUUUUGCGGUUAAGCUUAUUGCCAUUAGAACUGAAACUGCUGUAUAAUCUACAGGAAGUUUAAAAAGCUAAAAUGGACGAGGACGGGCUGCCGAUUGUGGGGUCUGGUGUUGAUCUUACCAAGGUCCCUGCUAUUCAACAGAGAAGAGUCGUUGCCUAUCUCAAUCAGUUUGUUGUGCACACAGUCCGGUUCCUUAACCGUUUUUCCACAGUUUGUGAAGAGAAACUUGCAAACAUAUCUCUUCGCAUACAGCAGAUUGAAACAACCUUGUGCAUUUUGGAAGCCAAGCUGUCCUCCAUUCCUGGGCUCGAGGAUGUCACAAUAGAUGGACUCAGUCAGCGGCAACCUGCUCAGGCCAAUGGACCCACUACCGCCAGUCAGAGCCAGACUCCACCAGCAGAAACCCUGCCUCCUCCAGAGCCCGCUCAGACUGCACCACAGCCUGCAGCGACACAAAAAGCAGAAGCAGCUGCAGAGAAUGUCAUGACAGUGGCCAAGGACCCACGUUAUGCCCGAUACCUGAAAAUGGUUCAAGUGGGAGUUCCAGUUAUGGCUAUAAGGAAUAAAAUGGUCUUGGAGGGUUUGGAUCCUAACUUGCUUGACACACCAGAUGCCCCCGUGCCUGAUGGAGGAACAAGGAGCACAGAGGAUCAGGAUGCUUCCGCCACCAGCUCUGACAGCGAAUCAUCUUUCAGUGACUGACAUCUGUCCGCUGUCCCCACCACCGCAAAGCUGCCUGUAAAGGCAUCCAUCGCUAUUCUGAGCUUCUGUAGGCCUGCACUCAGAAAGAGGAGAAGGGUGCACUGUGCCUGUAAAGGAGUACAAGCGAGAAGGUGCAACUGUAAGUGCCUGAAACAGUCGAAUCCAGCCAGAGUGAUUGUAAUUUCAGUGUAAAAGAGCUGAAAAAGUUUUGCUUUUGGUGGGUCAGUGACCUCCCUAAUAUUGUUACAUUUAGCAUUUUUGAGAAAUGAUUUUCAAAAAGAGGGAAUGAUUUUCCCUGUUGAUUGUUAAAAGUGGUCAGAACAUGGCAGUAGCAUAAAGUAAUUAUAUACUGUAGAAAUCAUUGGUCUUCUUUGGUUGUCACACUACUAUCACAGUCUUAUGCCUUUUAAGAGAUACACUCAUCAGUUGAAAGUUAUGCCUCUUUGUUACAGGGUCCAGAUAAAAUAGGAAAAAAGUUGUAUGUUGGAUACUUGUUUAACACAUAUAUUGUAACUCUGUGUUAAGGUCAGGGUGAAGAAUAUCACAAUAAUUACAUUGUAAGUAAUAAUAAGUAUUGAUUUCCUGUAUAUCACACACCAGUUUGAAGGAAGGAAAUGUCUUUCAGCAUGUGAUGUUCCUUCCUAAAAAAUCAGCUGUCAGUCUUAAGUAUUUUGAUAAAAUUGUUCCAGGAAUAUUUUGACUUGUUGACCUUUCACAGAAUGAUUGAUACCACCUGUUUUUUUCUUUAUUUCUUUAUUUUCUUUAUUAUUUUUAUGUGAUUUUAAUAUGUGGACAUAUGAAUAAUAUAAAAAACAGAAGUUACUAAUCGGUGUCUUAUCACAGAAUAUUGUAAACAAGUCGCAGUUGAGCAGCAGUAUGCUUUCCCAUUGUUUUACCUUGUUAACCAAUACACAGAGAGUAGAUAUUUUCUUUUUUACAGUGAUCACCAGUAGUUACCAUGUGGCCACGUUGAAGGAACAAAAACUACAACGCAUUCAGUGUUAGGCCUCUGUUGCUUUAUAUUGUUAAUUUUAGACUAAAUUCCAGUGACUGCAGAAAGUAUUCAGACCCCUUCACUUUUUGCACACUUUUGUUGUAUUGUAGAUUUAAGAUGGAUGACAUUUAAUUUUGCCCAUCUAUUUUCACACACAAUAAUGUCACAGCGAAAAUGAAUCAAAAAAUGAAAACUGAAUAGUUUCCUAAGCUGCUGCAUGUGUCUUGAUUUACAGAAAAAACAACAACAUUAUAUGUCACCAAUGAAUAGACAAUAAACAACAAAUAGUAAUGUGUUGCCUGGCUCUGCUUUGGGUACUUGCAUAGCUACCAUUUUUCCAUCGACAUGUUCUCUUAAUCUUUAAUUGGAUUCGUAGAGUUUUAAUGCCUGGAAUAACAGUGUAUUGCACACUAAUUUCUGCUGUAAUGAAGAGUUAACAAACUUGCACUAAGAGGUAAAUCAGUGAUGAACACCACUUGUCAGAAAAAUGUAAAUUGCAGGUUUACUAUGUUGGUUGUAGUUAGACUCUGAUCAGGACUUGUGACUAAAUUCCUGAAAAUGUAAUAUAGUGAAGUCAGGAAACAGUGUCAAGAAUGCUUAAGCAGAAAAGAAAUAGUUGCAUUCAUAAGAUUUCAAUAAAUGGAUAUUAGACUAUAAUGACUGUGAAAUAUUGAGUGUGGAGAAGUCUGGAAAACACUUUGUUUACAAAAGCAAGAAUCUGUAAUAAAUGCUCAAAACAG